AUGGUUGGGCAAUUUGACCCAGGAAUGGAGAAGGGGUUCCAAAGACUUUCAUUGGAUAUUCCUGUGUCUGUUGAUCAAUUCCACAAGGUUUACGCGUGUAUUGAACAGGUUUUUGGAUCUGUUGAUCCUACAGAUAUACUACACAAUGAUCACAGCAGGAAUGAUAGUAGUCAUAAUCUAUAUGUACCGAUUAUUGGAUCAAAUAUCAUGUUUCCCAGAGAAGCAUGGUACAGACCUGAAGUUGGCGUGAAGAAUUCCAAGGUUAAAGUGACCCUUUUAUCCGAUAUCAUUCGAGUGGUUGAAUCUGAAUUAGAAGAUGGUGCCACUCAAAGUGCAGAGAAUGAAGUGUCGUUAGCGUAUUUUGAAAAAUUAUUGGUGGCAUUUAAAGUUUACGAUAUUCCUGAAAGAAGUUCGUUUGACAGUAAUACCAAUAACAGUAAUAGUUUUACUGAUAAUAGUCUUGAUAAUAUAAGCUCCAAAUCGUCCACAGGUGGAAGUACUUGGAGAAGUCAAAGCAAUGGCGGACAAACCAAUAGUGUUUAUUCCUUUAAUGAACGAGAUGAAGAUAAACUCAAUGGAACCAUUCAUUAUGUUCUGCUUCCAGAGAAUCAUCAAUAUGGAAGACGAAGUUCAGUAUUCUCAAAGGAAAUAUUGAACGGAAAACGAAGGUUACUGUCGUUCCUACUGAAUAACAGCAGUAAUAAUAGCAGUAAUGCUGCUCAUAACAAUGGUGUAUCCACUGGUCCUGAACCAAUGGAAGAAGAGGAAGACACUAAACGACAACAGGCUUUGUCUAAUUUACUUUCGAAAACCAAACUUUAUUCCAAAGCUAAGAAGAAUCGUGAUUCCGCUGGGUCUCAAUUGUCUGGUGGUGGAGGUGGGCAAAGAUCCAAUCGAAAUAGCUUUUCAAGUUCUACGCUCCACAAGGUCCAAAGUUCUCAAACGUCACUGAUAUUAGUUGAAUCUGUUUCCUUAGAACGGAGUAGUUCUAACUUCAAUAGUGCCAUCCCCAUCAUGACUCCAGCACAGAAACUUGAGGUUCAAAAGUGUAAGAGUGAAUAUUUGGUAGAGACCAAAAAAUUGGUCCAACUUGCAGGAUCAAUGGCCAGUUCAUUGGAUAGAGCCAACAAAUAUUCUCGGUUGAUUCGAUUCAUUAUGAAGUUUGUAUUCAAGUUCAUAAUGUAUGACAUUCAUCAAAUGCUUUUAGAUUAUUGCUAUGUGAAGGAAGCUGAUGUGGUGAAAAGAAUGUGCUAA